AUGUUCAGCCCAGAAGACUGCCAACGGGUGCUCAAGGCCAAAAAGAAAGGACGAAUAGACAAAAAGACAAAGUCUUUGGACGAGUGCCGUACUCAGCCGUCACCUCCACUUUCGCUUGCCCAAAAAUGGUUUCCUUUGGCUGAGGACCGAACUGCGGAUUCAGCGGAGAACACAAGGACAGCAGAACACAGACAGCGGAAAAAAGCGUCGAUGAAGCAGAUUUUCCCUAGAAUUGAGGUACACAAAGAUGAGAGCAGAAGUCGACAUUCACCGGAGACGCCCAACUUUGCGAAAUUCAUAGAUAUUGUGAAGGCAACUCAUAUUGCAAACGAAAGCGCGAAGAGUCCUUCGGAAGCGGAAGGUAAAAAACCAGUGGUACUUCAAUGA